CACACCCGGCUACAAGGCUGCCCUACCUAAACUAAAAUCUGCCCUCCUCUGUCCCCUCCCAAAACCCUCUUACCCUCGCUUGCUCUCGUUCUCUCUGCCAUGUUGCCUUUGCCUUGCUCGCGAUGAGGAAGACGGAAUGGUGGGCGGGACGCUCGGAAGACGCGCUAGGCUUCUUCUGCAGUGGUGUUGGCGGCGAUGGUGAUGAUGAUGACGACGCCGGUACACGGAGCAGCGCCGCCUUCGGAUGAUCUUUUUCCUCGUCUUCCCUAUGCGGACAUGCCUCAAUGCUUCUCCUGCGCCUGAGACACAGACGGUUUCUCGGCGCUCCCCCCUUCCAUCAUUUCCUGUCGAACGCCGCGGACCCUAGCUCCUACCCUGAAGUAUACCCGGAAAACCCUAACCCCUGGAUCGUUAAGGUCAUCGUCUCACUUUUCGCUCACGGGGGCCGGGGUUCUCCGUCGGAGGCCCGGGCCAGAUUCCUACGCGGGUCGCUGAAUGCGGAGCUCGCGUUCCAUGUGAUCAAGUGCAUGGACGAUCCUGCUUCGAUGCUGGAGUUCUUCCACGUGACGGAUGCGGAGCUUGAUUUCCAUCAUUCUGUGCACGCCUACAACCUAUUUGUUAGAAAAUUCAGUUCUUCAGGGCAUUGCGAUGCGGCGCGGAGAGUUUUCCACACCAUGAGAAGCAAAGCACAUUUGGUGUGUGCGUCCAGUUUGAAUUCUUUGGUUUCUUGUGUCGUUCGAUCUGGUGAUCUUGAUGCUGCAAUUGGUUUGGUUGCUGAAGCUCGGGACUUGAAGUGUAGGCUGGGUGUGGUAGUGGUCAAUCUUCUGUUGAAUGUUUUGAUCCGGAAGAACCGGGAGGAUGAGGCAGUUCGUUUACUGAGGGAGUGGUCGGGAAUGGUGUUCAGUCCAGAUACUUGCUCCUUCAAUAUCAUCAUCAGAGGUCUGUGUAGGAAGGGGAAAGCCUUUGAGGCAUUUGAUUUUCUUGCUGAAAUGAAAGCUUUUGGUUGCUCACCUGACACUAUUACAUACAACACUUUCAUAGAUGGGUUAUGUCGAGCUGAUGAAGUGGAUAGAGCGCAUGCUUUGCUGAAAGAAGUUAUUUCUAGUAAAGUUUGCUGGUUGGAUGUAGUAUCCUUUACAUCUCUUAUUUCAGGUUAUUGUAAGGUGGGAAGGAUGGAAGAGGCUGCUAAGCUAUACAAGGAAAUGGUUGAUUGCGGCAAGAGACCCAAUACUGUGACUCACAAUGUCCUUAUAGACGGUUACGCAAAGAUAGGAGAUAUGACAUCCGCCAAGCGUGUCUACGAGCAAAUGAUAUUUCAGGGAUGUCCGGCGGAUGUGGUUACCUUUUCAACUUUGAUAGAUGGUUGCUGCCGAAAUGGACAGUUUGAUGACGCUAUGGGCCUUUGGCAUGAAAUGGGUUGUCGAGAUAUAUCUCCAAAUGAAUAUACUUUUGCCAUUCUUCUCAAUGGCUUGUGCAAGCAAAAUAGGUUAAGUCAGGCCCGCGAUCUUCUGAGGCAGUUAAAAUACAGUAAUCUUGUUCCCCAACCAUUUAUGUACAACCCUGUGGUAGAUGGGUUCUGCAAGGCAGGAAAUGUGGACGAAGCAAACAUAAUUUUCUCCGAGAUGGAGGAAAAGCGAUGCUCUCCUGAUAAAUGGACAUAUACUAUCUUAAUCAUUGGUCAUUGCAUGAAAGGAAGAAUGACUGAAGCUGUUAAUCUUUUUCAUAAGAUGUUGGAAGUUGGUUGUAUACCUGAUGAAAUUACAGUAAUAUCUCUAGUCUCACGCCUUUUGAAGGCUGGGAUGCCAGCUGAAGCAAACCAAGUUGUAAUUACAGUUUCAUUUGAUGACUUCAGUGUUGGUUCAACGCAUUUUAAGAAAUGUUCCUUACUAGGAAAAUCUGGAGGGAUUCUGGCGGCUAUUUGAUAAAGCUCCUUCUUAUGAAGUGCUUGUCAGUGUCCGUUAAAGCUUAACCAGUUUGUACGAAUGUUGGAUGUUGUAAGCAGGGAUUAUUUUGUGCACUUUGUUCAUAAUGGAGCAAGCUUCUAACAGUUGAGCAAAGGCUAGUGCUGAAAGGACCAUAACCAAAGGAAUUCCACCUGACAAAUUCAGAUACGCUGCAAACAAGUGCCCACUUAGGCUUUGGGUUUUAUCUUUCUGGUACAACUGCAGUUUGAGAGGCCCUUUAGCAAAAUAUGCAAGUGGAUUAGAUUCAGCUUACUCUUGAAGGUUUGAGCUUUGGAUGCUUUUAUCUCCACGGCCAUUACUUUGAUGUUGUAUUCAUCAACUGUAGUUUCUACAGAAAUUUUGUUCGCCCUUGUUAGAGUAUGUCCAUGCCCUUGCUUUAGGAUAAUUAGCAUUUGAGUGCCUUCUUGGAUGGGUCUGUGAUUGCUGUUAACAGCAGGAGCUGAUAAAGUAGUAGAGUUACAGCUUGUGGAUAAAUUGAUCUAAAAAAUUAGAAAUAAAGCAUUUUUCUACCA